UGGAAGAAGCGCUGGUUUAUACUGCGGAGCGGCCGGAUGAGUGGCGACCCAGAUGUUCUGGAAUACUACAAGAAUGAGCACUCCAAGAAACCCCUGCGGAUCAUCAACCUGAACUUCUGCGAGCAGGUGGAUGCGGGCCUGACGUUCAACAAGAAAGAGCUGCAGGAUAGCUUCGUGUUCGACAUCAAGACCAGCGAGCGCACCUUCUACCUGGUGGCCGAGACGGAGGCCGACAUGAAUAAGUGGGUCCAGAGCAUCUGCCAGAUCUGCGGCUUCAACCAGGCUGAGGAGAGCACAGACUCCCUGAGAAACCUUUCUUCAGCCGGCCACGGUCCCCGCUCCUCUCCAGCUGAGUUCAGCAGCUCCAGCCAGCACCUGCUCCGAGAAAGGAAGUCCUCCGCCCCUUCCCACUCCAGCCAACCCACUCUGUUCACGUUCGAGCCCCCCGUGUCGAGCCAUAUCCAGCCAGCCUUGUCCACCAGUGCGCCUCAGGAGUAUCUCUACCUACACCAGUGCAUCAGCCGGAGGACGGAGAACGCGAGGAGUGCCAGCUUCUCUCAGGGCACCCGGCAGAAGAGUGAUACGGCCGUGCAAAAAAUUGCCCAGGGCAAUGGACACUGUAUCAACGGAGUCAGCGGUCAAGUCCACGGCUUCUACAGCCUCCCCAAGCCAAGCCGACACAACACAGAAUUCAAAGACAGUACUUAUGACCUCCCCCGUAGCCUGGCUUCACACAGCCACACCAAGGGCAGCCUCACAGGGUCCGAGACAGAUGAAGAUGUGUACACCUUCAAGACCCCCAGCAACACCCUGUGCCGCGAGUUUGGAGACCUCCUAGUGGACAAUAUGGAUGUUCCCACCACCCCCCUCUCAGCCUACCAGAUUCCUAGAACAUUCACACUGGACAAGAACCACAACGCCAUGACGGUAGCCACUCCUGGAGACUCAGCCAUAGCUCCCCCACCCCGGCCCCCCAAGCCUAGUCAGUCAGAAACACCUCGAUGGGGCAGCCCUCAGCAAAGACCUCCCAUCGGCGAAAAUAGCAGAUCCGUAGCUGCUACCAUCCCCAGGCGCAAUACCCUCCCCGCAAUGGACAACAGCCGACUCCACCGAGCUUCUUCCUGUGAGACCUAUGAGUACCCAACCCGAAGUGGGGAGAGCGCCAGCUGGUCUGCCGAAUCUCCAGGGAAGACUAUCGUGGGUAGAUCAGACAGUACCAGCUCUGAUGACAACUACGUGCCCAUGAACCCAGGUUCUUCUACCCUGCUGGCUAUGGAACGAGCAGGGGACAAUUCCCAAAGUGUCUACAUCCCCAUGAGCCCAGGGCCCCAUCACUUUGACCCACUUGGCUACCCAUCCACUGCCCUUCCUAUCCAUCGAGGCCCCAGCCGAGGAAGUGAGAUCCAGCCACCCCCAGUCAAUCGCAACCUCAAGCCCGACCGGAAAGCAAAGCCAACGCCCCUUGACCUGAGAAACAAUGCUGUCAUCGAUGAGCUCCCCUUCAAGUCACCUGUCACCAAGUCUUGGUCCAGGAUCAACCACUCCUUCAACUCCAGCUCCUCCCAGUACUGCCGCCCCAUCUCCACACAAAGCAUCACCAGCACAGACUCGGGAGACAGCGAGGAGAACUACGUCCCUAUGCAAAACCCAGUGUCUGCAUCCCCUGUUCCCAGUGGCACCAACAGCCCGGCUCCGAAGAAGAGCACCGGCAGUGUGGAUUACCUAGCCCUGGAGUUCCAGCCUGGCUCCCCGAGCCCUCACCGCAAGCCAUCCACCUCAUCUGUCACCUCGGACGAGAAGGUAGACUACGUCCAAGUGGACAAGGAGAAGACGCAGGCCCUGCAGAACACCAUGCAGGAGUGGACAGAUGUGCGGCAGUCCUCAGAGCCUUCCAAGGGUGCCAAGCUGUGAUGCCACGAGGCGGCUGCUCAGCGCUGGCCUUUGCCACCUCCUUCUCCAUCCCUUCCCACACCUCCUCUCCUCUGUGCCACUUCCAGCCUUUAAAGCACUCAAAGUCAGGGACCCUGACCCGUCCCCCUUGGAGGCAAGGGCCUGAUGGAGACACUGCCUCUGCCACUUGGGGUCCACCCGUGACUUCUGUCAUUACUACUAGCUGUGCCUCCACCACCUUAGUUAGGAGCUGUUGCCAAAAAAAAAAAAAGAAAAAAGAAAAAAAAAAAGAAAGAAAGAAAAAAAUAGUCUCCUGCUUUGGACCCAUUUGUCUGCUGCUUGGACUCAGAGGGAGGGCUGAGGCUCUGAGCCAGGCUCAUGUCUCCUGUCUGCUCACCGCUCUCUACCCUCUACCUCAGGGCCGCUUCUCCAUCCCUCGAGGAUGCUAACCAGGGAGCCGAGGACCAACAGACUAAAGUAGACGUGGGCUUUCAGAUCCUUGCUGUUUGGGGCAAGGGAAAGACAAGAUGUCACAGGAAGAAUAAUGGAGGUCAGAAGUCACCUUGAGUGACAAAGAAAUUAGGUUCCCGGGCACAGAAGGGUAGCUGAUCACCUGCAGGGUGGAACCCAGGAUCAGGUUCUCAGACACCGCCGCUGUAGACUGGGAGAGGCUAAGGAUGAAGGACAGGAGGAAGGAAGACGUGAUGACAGGCAACCAGGAACAAAGAACAGGGCUUGAGGUGACAAACCCCGGGGCUAAAGGACUCUACCACUCUGGGACAGGCGGUGUUCUUCCCUGGCCCUGAUUGAACGGCGAGACAGAAUGGGAAAGAAAGUAGGGGUGAGGCAGGGGGACCCUGGGACGGGGUGUGGUAGGCACAGAGCAACACAGGAACACUGUGGCGGCGAUGGCACAUAAAGCAGGUUUCUAGGAGGUAGGAGGGUGCAGAGGUGGCUGAGGAGCUGGGGAGGCAGGCGUGUCCCAAGGCCACCUGCAGGAGUGCAGUGGGAAGCAGGAUGGGAAGGAGCUACACUUAAUCAAAUCUAGGGACCACACGAGGGUCUGGGUCAUGGCUUGUGCCCAACAGAGGCACCUCUGACCAAGGGCCCAGCCAGAUCUUCUCAGCUCCCUUCUCUGCAGGGAUGGUCGAGAGUAUCCCUGUCCUCCCACGGCAUCAGAGGGACGAGAAGCAGACAUUCCCCUAAGGCUCCUAAGAUACGGCAGGGAGAUCUGAAUGUGUUUGUGUGGAAAGCUGUUGACCAGGUCUUCAAGAAAUUCUGCGCAAACGGGGCACACCAGCAUUUCAUUCUGUCCCAGAGGAACAGACCAGUGUCCUCUAAAACCAGAGGCACACCUUACCUCCCCCCUCAGUAACAGCCCUCUUCUCCCAGGAGGAUGGGUCAUUUAGGAAUGGCUAACAAGCCCUGUGCUACAGAUGAACCCUAACAAGGUCACAAUCAGCAAGAAAAGUAAGACAAUGACUAAGAAUUUAAAAGUACAGAGGAUGGGGAGGGAGACUGUGCCCUGGGGAGGGAGGCGUCCGGGAGAGAGCAGAGUGAGCCUUACAGAAAGGUAGGUGUGGCUGGGUCUUUGAAGGUGUGAAGCCAGCCACAGAGGUGUGUGCUGUCCCCUUGAGUAAGGGGGCUGCGGUUGGUUGCUCUGAACAGAGUUACAGGGUACCGGCUUUCCCCGAUUCUCAUGGCACCCUUUAAGACUCUCCAACGGGGCUCCCAUGUGACCAAGCUCUGGCUGGUACUGCUGGAGCUCACAGCAGGUCCAGGUAUCCCCAGCCUCAGCAGCCACCCCGAGUGGGUGUUCUGAGCUGAGUGUGGAACUGGCUGCCACUUAUCAAGACGGAAUCCGGUGUCCAAGUCUAGUUAGUCUUGCUCCGGUUCCAACUCCUAACCAUGUCUAAUUUACCUACCAACCCAUCCUCCAACCCCCGAAUAGGAAAAAGCCAAUUCCAUUUUUAAAAAAAAAAAUCCUUUGGCCUACCCAUGGGUCAAAGUUCACCUCUCCUGGUGGCUGUCAAGGACUGAGAUCAAAAGCACUCAUCACCUCUUAGCAUAGAUACCACAAGUACCUGUCCUGUCCUGCAGGGGCUCUUCCAGCUCCGCCCUCUGUGAAGGAAGGAGAUGGCAUCUCCUUGAGACUUGCCAGUCUGACAUGGGGUGGUCACAGCUGAUGCUCUGUGGCUGUAAAGAGAACCCGGGGGGGGGGGAUCCUCUGAAGGUCUGGGUCACUGGGGAGGGGCAGCACACAGAACAUGAGCUCAAUAACUCCACCCCUCCCUAGCUGUAUUUGACUCCAUGAAGAUCAGCCCCAUUCCCAGAACCGAAGCACAACCAUUUGAAGCUACUGGAACGUGGGUUUGGGUCCAGUCUGCCUUUGGACCCUCUAUCUUCCAGUGGCCCUGGUCCCAGCCAUGGCCCCCUCCCCUCCCUACAGCCGAGUUUUGAAGGCCGAGAGAUAGCUCCUUCUCUCCAUUUGGGCCUCUGGCUGUGAAGUGUGGAUAAGCAGGCUAACCUUAGAGGGCCAUCUUUGUGGGACUUGCCAUAUUUGGGCCCUGGACCCGGCAGGAGCCAGACUUGACAGAAGAGCCUAGUGGUGAUCUGUGCUGUUGUGGUAUCUGGUGAUGUGUGUUCUUGUGUAACCUAUUGGCUACUUGUGUCUUGAAACUUAGAACCCUUUCACACAGGACUGUCAGUGUUUGUGGGGAAGAGAAAAUGAAGUAGAAGCAAGCCUAGUCUUACAUUUGUCUCUUGUUCCCAUUAAGAUCGACAUUUAAUUUUUCAAAUCAUUGUUGGUGCCUAAUCACUUAAGUUAUUAAUUUAUUCUGUUUUCAAAAAAAAAUUGUAACAUGUAUUUAUCUUGUGAGGUCUGGGGGUGGGGCGGGAAAUGUGUUCAAGUGAGUCGUGUUUUUGUGGCGGUGACUACAGAUGGCACAGGCCUGGAGCUGGCGGGUCCUUUCUACUAUCGUGUAGAAGCAGGACAAUGAAGUCCUUUAGGAGUGCCACCCAGAGUGGGCCACUGGAGAUCGCCUUCAGGGCGCGGAAACUUACUCUUGUCCCAUCCUGGGCAGCCUUGAGACCCACACUGUCGUACGGCCACACCUCUGACAAACAGGCCUGGGAGCCGGUGUGCCCAACUCUGUUCCGUGCCGACGGCUGGGCACUUUUCCAGGACAGGGACAAGGACAGACCCUCCUUUCUCAGACCAGCAUCUGGCAUUAAUGGUUGUGCACAUCUGUAAUCCAGCACUCCAGAAGCUGAAGCAGGGGCAGGAUGAUCAGUUUCCCCGACAGCUCGGGAGUCCGGCGUUUGGACCAAAACCUCCACCGCAGCCCACGAAAGCCCUGUCACAGCCCCAUCAUGACCUCUGAGCCGCUUUGUCCUAAGAGGACAAGUAAGCAUGGAAAGGGACGUGAGGUGCAGGCUGGUCACACACCCUCCCUGUACUCACAGCUGCCCAUGUCCCUCUUCGGCUUCAAGAUUGUGACGGGAACUGGAGGAAAGAGCUGGAUAUUGGGACUGGAGAGAUGGCUCAGCCGUUUGGUUCCCAACACCCACCUCAGGUGGUUCCCAACAACCUGUACCUUCAGUUCCAAGGGAGCUGGUGCCCUCUACUGGCCUCCUCACAGACAUGGUACACAGACACUCGGACACACAUUCAUACAAUAAAAACAAAUAAAAUCUUUUUAAAAAGAGCUGUUGAUUCUGGAGUAUCGGACACCUGCUUCCCAGUUCAUCCCAGCCCACACCUCGUCUAGCCAGGCACAGGCUAUGACCUCCUCAGAGAAGGGAUAGAGGAAGGCAAGUGGCUCAGAAUUCUCAGAACCUGGAAAGUCAUUGCUGGGUUUCUGUGUUUACCUGGCAAACCAGUCUGCUCCAAGUUAUCCCGUGAAGCACCCCCAGAUACCCCCUUGCUCUCUCUCUGCCCCAGGAGGCUGCCAGCUCAGGAGCCUCCAAGACCUUAGCACCAAGCACCUCCUUGCUACAUCUAAAGUCCCCAGGUCAUGGGCACAUCCUCAUCUUACCUAUGGGGGGGGGGGGCGGCAAGUUU